CCAUAUCACCUUUCCCCUACCACCAUCAGCGGCCAUAAACAAGCCAAAUCACUCACGAAAACUAUCUCUUUAUAACAUCAUCAUCAUCAUCUUCAUCUUCUUCUUCUUCUCCUCCUUCUCCGUCGUCUUCAUCAUCUUCUUUACUCUCUUUAUAAAAAGAACAUUAAACCAGCACAAACAAAAACAUUUUCACACGCCCACUUCAUCAUCCCACUUCGAACACGAACAAACAACGAGCUCCACCCACCACCACCACUUUGGUGUAAGUGUUAUACCCGUGCUAUGUUACCGCCAUCGGGAUGAUGGCUGUUGUGUAAAAAGAUUCUAUUUUUAUAUUUAUGUUUGUAAAAUUUAAGGAACUUUUGGCCCUCAUGUUGUUCUUGCUGUUAGUUUUUUCUUUCUUGUUCUUGUCCAUCUUCUUCGUUGUGUGUGUCAUUAUUACCCACAAGAAAAUCGAGCGUCUUGAACAAGUAGAGAAGGAGUAUGCAUUGGCGUUGAAGAAUGCUUCCGUUAGUCAAGAGCGUGAAAAUGACCCGACCCGGUUGGCGGAGCAGCUGUUGCUUGAGAUCUUACCGGCGAAAACUGCUGCAAAAUGGGAGAAGUUGUUUGCCGAGAAAAAGUGUGAGGAUCCGGAAGGGAACGGGUCGGUUCACGAGAGGGAGGAGGUGAAUGAGAGUACUGGCGGUGCCGGUUCGGGAGGGGAUGAUAAUAAGAGAGUGAAGAAGAAGAAAAAGAAAAGUAAGAAGAAGAAACUGGAUUCGAAAGGUGAAGAAGAAAGUAAUGGUGAAGAGAAGAGGGAGGGUGAGGAAAAAGAGAAAAAAAAACCGGAUUCGGGUAAUUUGAAACCCGAAUUGGUUUGUUUGUACCCGUUUACAACAUCAAGUAGUGCAACUCAGAGGAAGAUCAAGCAACAGUAUGAUCAUAUUGUUAAGUGCCAUGAAAGCAAAAAUUUGACGCUUGCUCAGGUUGCAGAAUUUGCUCAUUGUUUGACAGACGCCAAAGAUGAGCUAGAGCACAAGUCUGAGACCAUUAACCGUAAGUUUACAAUAACAAAGGCUCUGCUAAACAAGGCAGAUAGAUCAUCAGUUGACCGCAUUCGCCAGCAGUUAUUCAAGCUAGAGAAGGAACAGAAGAGAUUAGAGGAUGAUGCAUUUGUCUAUAAUUGGCUUCAACGACAGCUUAAGCUUUCACCAGCAUACAAGAAGAUGCUUGAACUUCAUGCCUCCAUGGAGGAGAAGGCCAAGUCCAGUGAGUCGACGGAAAGCACAGACACUGAAGAAUUUACUGACAUUUCCUUUGAGGAACUAUUAGCACAAGAGAAGAAGGAUUCCUUUUGGCAAAAGAAUGGGAGAUCGAGAUUGUCCCCAGGCUGAUGACAUUGUUUAGCAGCUUUAGUUAACUGUACUUAUGGAAUCACUUUUUGUAGUUUUCAAAGGCGGAAACUAGUCAAUCCUAUACACAAUGAAAACUUUGAUGUAGUAUACCAUGUUCUUAUGGAUUUUGGCAUCUAUAAUUACUAACCUUCACAAAGUUGAUUUCAGUAGCCUCCCAAAUCUCUGUUUACAUAGCUUCUGAUGUAUAAAAUGUUUAUGUCAUGGAAUUGUAACUUGAUGUAAAAUGUUUAUCAUGACAAUGUUACUCGAUAGCUGUAUCGUCUGAAGCUAUGAACUUGACAGGGUGAUGUUUUUUA